CAAUAACCAACCAACCAACCACACAAUAACCAACCAACCACACCCCCUCAGAAAUGCGCCAUCAAGUUCAGCCGUUCAGCACCGGCCACCCUCUCACUUCUUCAGCUCCAGCGCUGCUGCUCUCAGGUUGCCCCGUUUGCAAUGUCUGAUGCCGCUGCUUCAAGCGACACCAGGCGGCCGGGGAGCUGGCGACGGCGAGGUGCGCGCACAGCAAGAGGACAUGCGUGUCUGCGUCAUUGCCAUGUUCAUGGGGGUGUGUGUGUGUGCAGAGCGGCAGCAAUAUGAGAGACGAAUAGCUGAGCUCGAAGCCGAGAGGGAUACAUACAAACGUGAGCGAGACGCUGCUCUGGAAGAGCUGCGAGAGCUGCGAACACGGCUGGCUCAAGAUGAUCACAAGACUCUCCGCGAGGUAGCCCAUCAGGGCCGUCUCUAUCGCGGCACUAUGGUGGAUGACUUGCCUCACGGCUCGGGAGUGCUGUACGCGAUGGAUGGCGAGACCAAGAUCUACGAGGGCGAGUGGCAAGAUGGCACGAGGCAUGGCCAGGGAAAGGAGUUCACUGAUGACAAGAUGACCUACAAGGGUGCGUGGGCAGACGGAGAGAAGGUGGGAGAUGGCGAGGCGACGGGCAUGCAGUGGGAACGGUGCUGUAGCUACUACGGGAAGACAAUCGACGGCAAACCACACGGCGAGGGGGAGCUGCUACAAGGCGAGAGUGUCAUAUACAGAGGCCGGUGGAAAGACGGAAAGCGGAACGGCAAAGGAGAUGAGUUCGUUGACGGCCGGCUGAUCUACACAGGCACCUGGUUUUGCGGCAAGCGAACGGGUCGUGGGGCAGAGUUCAGCCAAGGCGGCGAAUUGAUCUAUGAGGGGAGCUGGCACAACGGAGAGAGGACCUACAGACGAGAAGGGAAGGUGGGCGGCAUGGAACUCAAGGGAGAUCAGGGGGAGUUGCUGGGCUAUUACUCUGGAGCCAUAUACUAUGGGAGACCACACGGCGAGGGAGAGCUGCGAGAUGGUGGCGACAACAGAGUCGUCUACAAGGGCGGAUGGAGAAACGGCAUGCGGCACGGCCACGGCAAGGCAUACUACCACUGGAAUGGUCCUGUGUUGUGGUUUCGUGGCGAAUGGCGGCACGACAGAAUCCACAGCGGUGCUCUCUUCCCGGACGGCAACUGGAGUGGGGAAAGGGAGCAAGAUGGAAUGCCGGUGUUUCCGGCUGACAUCACAAUGUGGCAGGGGGGAGAAGCGAUGACUGAUAUCAACGUGCCGGGGAGCGGAUGGACGGUGGCGGAGCUGUUACGGGAUCGCGGUGUGUCGGUGUAUCUUCCUGUCGGUGCACUGGGAUAGGAAGGGCGUUUUGCUUCGGUGGCUGUGUGUGUGUAUGUGUCGAAUCAUGGUGCGCAUACACAGAGAGGAAGAGAGAAGCCACUGCGGUGUGUGUGGUGUGUGUGCUGAUGCCAGUCGGUGUGGCUGUGUGGUUGACGUUUGUCAGACCGUUUCAUAGGUGCGUGAAUGCCUGCCUAGACCUGUGCGUGGUGUAUGUAUAGUCCUUGUCUCUCUGUCCUUGCCUGCCACACACACGUCUUCUCUCGGUUGGUGCCUUGUCUGUGUCUGCCUUGAUCGUUACAGUAAGUAUCGCUUAAAGCAAUCAGUACAGGGCUGAUUGCUUUAGACGUUUGAUUGGUUUAUACGGACAAGCAAGUGAUAUCGAUUGGUUUAUCUUCUGCUUGUUUUCUGCGGGGUUUCUCGACGUGAAUGACUCACCGGAGCCACCCUCCAUCGCAUUGACCUUUUUUUUUCCCGCUCAAAUGCCUCUGAAAUGAC